AUGUUUGCCCGCGCCGGUCUUCGUACACUCCGUACCCUCCCCGCUACGCCUGUUGCGCGCGUCUCUGCGGCUAUUGCGCAGCGUCGUCUCCUCUCGGACCAGGCGAGGAAACUCAUCGACCAUGCCGUCCAGGAGAACCCCCUCGUCGUGUUCAUGAAGGGUACACCCGACGCGCCUCAGUGCGGCUUCUCCCGCGCUGUCGUUCAGAUCCUCGACGUCCAGGGUGUGCCCCGCGAGAAGGUCCUGGCCUUCAACUGCCUCGAGGACCCCGAGCUGCGCGAGGGUAUCAAGGAGUACAGUGACUGGCCCACCAUCCCCCAGGUCUACGUCAAGGGCGAGUUCGUGGGCGGCUGUGACAUUAUGGUUUCCAUGCACCAGUCGGGCGAGCUCGAAGACUUGCUCGUCAAGGAGGGUCUUGCGCCGCCUAUCGAGGAGGCCAAGGACGCCGAGGCCAAGGAGGAGAAGUAA